AUGCAAUCAAUGAUGGAAAGCCCCGAUAUCAACCCAGGUUUCAGCUCUGAUAAGUCUGUUGUUACUGUCUCUUCUUCUUUUUCUUCUGUGAUAACAGUAGGACGAGAUGAGAAGGAACUCCGGUCUCGUUUGCUCAACAAACUUGGCAUCCACGAUUCCUCUGGUUUUUCCGCCCAACCCAUGACAGCUGCUCAAAACCGACGAGUGCGCAUUUUGAGAGGCAUGGGAGUGGGAUACACAACCUUCAAGUCACCUCCCGAUGGUUCUGCGACCCGAUCGCAAGUGGAGGGCGUCGUUCGAUCCAAAGAACCGCUGAAGUCGGACACCAAGUCUGACUCAUCCACAAAUGGGCUUGGCGACAAAAAGACAAAGAUUGCCUUUCAAGACGAAGUUGAAAUCCUACCAAUUCCUACCAGACACGAAUAUAGCGACAGAAUCAAAUCACGAAUAUGGAGUAACAGAUAUGAACUACAAGAAAAUGCGGAGCGAAAUGCGGUGGAAUUCGCUGCGGAAGGAUGGAACUGGCGAAAUGUCACAGAGGACGAGGGCAUGUACAUUUGUUCGGCCAGUGGGGAACUUGUGCAUCCCGCAUGGGUAGGGGAUAUACCUAGAGCGGAAGAAGCACCACGAUUAGACCGGGGUGGUCCUGUUGUCAGCUAG